AUGGAGUCUGAUCUUCGGCAUGCCUAUCGCGAGCCAGAGGUCUAUGCCGGCGACAUGCCACACGCCUCGUACAGCAUGAUGACGUCGGGUGGUAUGCAGUGCGACGACGGGCUCCAAGGUAUGGGCUACAUACAGGGUGACGCUGGCUACAUGUCGAAGCAGCUAGACUGGACCACUGGCACAGCCUGUCCGGACGAAGCGAGCGAGACGUACUGGAUGCAGACACCAAUGAUGCAUCAGGUCUAUGCCGGCGACGUGACCCAUGCAUCGUACGGCAUGAUGACGCAGCAUGGCCAUCGUGGGGUGAUGCCGCAGGGCCCCGGCUGUGAGGAUGGCAUGUACGGCAUCGCCUUUGCGCAGGGCAACGCUGGCUACAUGUCGAAGCAGCUAGACUGGACCACUGGCACAGCCUGUCCGGACGAAGCGAGCGAGACGUACUGGAUGCAGACACCAAUGAUGCAUCAGGUGCCAAUCAGAGACACCUUCGUCAGGCAGGGCAUCUUUGAUGUGGUAUGA